AACCGUAAAGUUUGAUAUUUUCGUUUUUUAUUUUUUGGGAAUUCAUCUAAUACAAUUUUGAAAGCAAUUCGAUUCAAUUCAAGAUAUAAUUUAUUAAAAUCAUUUGAAAAUUCAUUUUUGAAUUUGAUAGAAAAUAAUGGGCUUUGUUUUUUGGCCAUCCCUACCCGUUCAUUUACGCCUCCUACAUGUUUCCAAAACUCAUUCCCUUUUAUGAAUGCUGGCGUCCCAAAGGUUCAUCUUCGGUCUCGCCGGAUCACUCUGCUCUCGCUGUCCUCCUCCGCCGUCCGCUCCGUCUAGAACCUCCAUCUUCGUCCACUCUCGCUUUCUCACUUUCUCCGGCUCACUAUUCUGUCCAUCGAUGUCGCACAAGCAGAGAAAGGGUGGCUCUAGGGAACAAAGGUGGCAACACAAGCCAAGUUCUAGUGUUGGAUCGACGAAUAAGGUACCAGCUCAAAACCAAAAGGCUGUGUGGAAGCCAAAAUCUUAUGGGACUGUAAGUGGAUCAGAAACGUUUGAAGUUGGAAAUGCUCCAGCCACUCAAUCCCCAGUGGAAGUCCAUGUUACUGGGGCUAACGAGCCAUCAAAUGAGAAAAAAAGUGCUUCUUCUAGAGGCAAUAUGCUGGAAAAUUUUACGGUAGACAAGUCCACAUUUGCACAAGCUCACAUACGAGCUACAUUCUACCCUAAAUUUGAAAAUGAGAAGUCUGAUCAAGAGAUUAGAGCGCGGAUGAUUGAGAUGGUAACCAAAGGCUUGGCCACAAUGGAGGUAUCUCUUAAACAUUCUGGAUCUCUCUUUAUGUAUGCUGGGAACGAGGGUGGAGCAUAUGCAAAAAAUAGCUUCGGUAACAUCUAUACUGCUGUCGGUGUCUUUGUUCUAGGGAGGAUGUUUAAAGAAGCUUGGGGUCCUUUUGCAAGUAGAAAGCAAAAAAAAUUCAAUAAAUAUCUUGAGGAUAACCACAUGUGUGUAUCCAUGGAGCUAGUCACUGCUGUAUUGGGCGAUCAUGGGCAACGCCCACGAGAAGAUUAUGUGGUUGUUACAGCAGUAACAGAAUUGGGGAGUGGAAAACCAAAGUUUUAUUCAACUCCAGAUAUAAUUGCUUUUUGCAGAAAGUGGCGUCUACCAACAAAUCAUGUGUGGUUAUUCUCAACAAGGAAGUCAGUGACAUCAUUUUUUGCUGCAUACGAUGCCCUCUGUGAAGAGGGAACAGCCACCUCUGUCUGCAAGGUCUUGGACGAAGUUGCUGAUAUAUCUAUCCCUGGAUCUAAAGAUCAUAUAAAGGUUCAAGGAGAAAUCUUGGAGGGUCUUGUGGCUCGUGUUGUGAGUCGUAAGAGUUCAGAACAUUUGGAGCAGGUGCUUAGAGACUUUCCUGUGCCACCAGUAGACGGUGCUGGUCAGGACUUAGGACCAACUCUUCGUGAGAUUUGUGCUGAAAAUAGGUCAGAUGAGAAGCAGCAAAUAAAAGCACUUCUUGAUGGUGUUGGUUCCGCUUUUUGUCCAAAUCAUCUAGAUUGGUUCCCUAAUGAAGCAUCUGAUUCACAUUCAAGAACUGCUGACCGAUCUGUAGUUUCAAAGUUCUUAAAAGCACAUCCUGCUGAUUAUUCAACUGCAAAAUUACAGGAAGUUGUUCGUUUGAUGAGGGAAAAACACCAGCGCGUUUCCUUUAAAUGCUUCUAUAACUUUCACAAAAUUAAUGAUGUAUCAAGUGACAAUCUGCACUUCAAAAUGGUGAUCCACGUGUUCAAUGAUUUUGUCUUCAGGCAGUAUCAGAAAGAGAUGAGGAGAAAUCCGGGUUUGUGGCCACUGUAUCGAGGUUUUUUUGUGGAUCUAAACUUAUUCAAAGUUGACGGAGAAAUAGCUGCUGGCAUUUUAAAAGGAAGUAGUCAUAUGGUAAAGGGCGAUGAUGAAAAUAAUAGCUUAGCUGAUGAGGAUGCCAAUCUGAUGGUCAAGUUGAAAUUUCUUACAUACAAGCUGAGAACUUUUCUGAUCCGUAAUGGCUUGCAAACUCUCUUUAAGAAGGGUCCAGUGGCAUACAAGACCUAUUAUCUCAGGCAAAUGCAGAUAUGGAAUACAUCAGCAGCAAAGCAAAAAGCACUCAGCAAGAUGCUUGAUGAAUGGGCUGUCUACAUACUCAGGAAGUAUGGGAAUAAGCAACUAUCCACAUCCAUAUACCUCAGUGAAGCUGAGCCUUUCCUAGAACAGUAUGCAAAGCGUAGCCCACAAAACCAGGUGUUGAUUGGAGCUGCUGGAAGCUUGGUGAAAUCUGAAGAUUUCUUGGCCAUUGUCGAUGGAGGAGAUGAAGAAGGUGAUCUUGAGCAGGAGAAGAGUCUGCCGUCACUUGGACAUAGUAUUUCUGAGGAUACUGUUAUGAAGGAUGAAGGUCUUAUAGUUUUUUUUCCAGGAAUACCUGGCUGUGCUAAAUCUGCACUUUGUAAAGAAAUUUUGAGUGCCCCUGGAGGUCUCGGGGAUGAUCGACCAAUUCGAAGUUUAAUGGGUGAUCUUGUUAAAGGUAAAUACUGGCAGAAGGUUGCAGAUUCACGGAAGGCAAAACCUUAUUCAAUAAUACUUGCUGACAAGAAUGCACCAAACGAGGAAGUCUGGAAACAGAUUGAGGACAUGUGUCAAAGCACCAAAGUAUCUGCAGUUCCCGUUGUGCCCGAGUCCGAAGGAACUGAAAGAAAUCCAUUUUCGCUUGAUGCUCUAGCUGUUUUCAUAUUUCGAGUACUACAUCGUGUUAAUCAUCCAGGAAAUCUUGACAAGUCGUCUCCAAAUGCCGGCUAUGUAUUAUUAAUGUUUUAUGAUCUUUAUGAUGGCAGGAGUCGCGAAGAGUUUGAGACUGAUCUUAUUGGACGUUUUGGCUCCCUUGUCAAAAUACCUUUACUAAAACCCGAAAGGCCACCUUUACCACAAUCACUGAAGUCUAUUCUGGAGGAGGGAAUGAAGUUAUACAAUCUUCAUUCUAGCAGGCAUCGGAGAUUGGAGCCAACAAAAGGGACAUAUGCAAAGGAGUGGGCUAAAUGGGAGAAACAGCUACGAGAUGUGUUAUUUGCAAAUGCUGAUUAUCUUAAUUCAAUACAGGUUCCUUUUGAAGAAGUUGUCAAACAGGUAUUGGAUCAACUGAGGUCUAUUGCUAAGAGUGGGGCACCACUAAUUCAAAAACGGAAGCUUGGAACAAUAGUGUUUGCUGCCAUCAGGUUGCCUGUUACGGAUAUUAAAAGGCUUCUAGAUAAUGUGAGUAAGAAGGAUUCAAAAGCUCAAGCAUUUCUGAAGGACAAAAACUUGGAAAGCCGGCUUCAAAGGGCCCACGUGACCCUUGCUCACAAGGGAAGCCACAGUGUUUCGGCUCUUGCAAGCUACGCUCCCUUUGUGGACCAACAAGUGCCCGUGCAAAUGACUGCACUGUUAUUCUCAGAAAGGGUGGCUGCACUUGAGGCCUCCAUCGGUUCCAUUGAUGGUGAAAAGCUUUGCUCGAAGAACGAAUGGGCCCACGUCACGUUGUGGACCCUCAAUGGGGUGGCACCCGUGGAGGCCAAGUCACUGCCUCUUUUGCUUGAGGCGGGAGAGGCCAAGCGUGUUGAGAUUAACCCGCCCGUCACCGUUUAUGGGGUCGUGCAGUUCUUCACUUGAGGGGGUAAACUUGUGUCUGUUUUGUCAUGAACCGAAAAUAAUUCUUCUGAAGUGAGUAGUAGUAAUAAAGGAUGCAUGUGGGGAGAAGUUUUGGGUCUUUGCCCUUUGGUGGAGGGAUUUAAAUGAGAGUUAGUGUAGGGUAGGCAAUGAAUGAAUAUACCAGUCUUGUAAAAAGCCGUUUCUAUCCAACAUAUUCUUGACUUCAUAGAGGUAGCAUCUUUGUCCUUCCAUAUUUCCUUGCCAUCUUUUUUUACGUUUUUACAAAAAAAAAAAACUACUUUAAGAUGA